AUGAGCGUAAUGAUCCAAUCGAUGGUCCGCGUGGACCAGCCUGCCUAUCCUUCGAGCAAACGGCCGUCGUGCCUUCAACACCAUGUAGUUGAAAAGGUCACGCAGAAGAGCAUGGAAGACUUCAGAGACGAGGUUCGCGGCCUCUUCGAGGCCUCGUUGGAGACGGAUCGAUUGCUGGCCAUCUCUCAACAACUGCAGAACGAGUGCAGAGAGCGCUUGGCCAAAUCGGAUAUCUCCAUGUUGCCCUCGUACCAACAUACCCUACCCUCUGGCCACGAGCGUGGCGACUUCCUGGCGCUGGACGUCGGAGGUUCGACUUUCCGCAUCGCCCUGGUCAGACUUACCGGAAAGGUCAAGCCGGGUAGCGACGGUCUGCAGAUUCGACGCAUACGGAGCUUUACCAUUGAUGAGCAGAUCAGGCUGCUGAGAGGUCAAGCAUUCUUCGAUUGGAUGGCCGAGAGGAUAGGUGAUAUGCUGGGAGAAUACAACAACACCACGAAUGGGGCAAAUAACGCCGCAUUACCCAUGGGUCUCGCAUGGUCUUUCCCCAUUGAACAGACGUCGCCUCGCACCGGGAGAUUAUUGGCGAUGGGCAAGGGAUUCUAUGCCACACACGGAGUCGAAGGCCAAGAUCUGAGCGAGCUGAUCAUGCAUUCAUGCCAUCGGAAAGGACUGAAGGUGGAGAUGCGUGCAAUUGUCAACGAUGGAACCGCGACACUCAUGUCACAGGCCUACCGCGAUCCUACCACCAGAAUGUCUCUUAUCUUGGGCACCGGCACGAACGCCGGAGUCUAUCUCCCCGUUGGCGCUCUCGGAUCUGGAAAAUUUGGGGAGCGACCAAACACCUGGUUCGAAGCCGCCGACCAUGUCCUUGUCAACACAGAACUGAGCAUGGUCGGCAAACUCUGCCUUCCUGUGACCAAGUGGGACGAUUGGUUAAAUGCCAAGCACCCUCUGCCCGAUUUCCAGCCCCUGGAAUAUCUCGUGACUGGCCGCUACCUGGGUGAGAUAGUCCGCCUCAUACUUCUCGAAGCCAUCCAGAAUGCCGGGCUGUUUGGCGGACAGAUUCCCGAGCACAUCGAGGAGGCAUACGCAUUUGACUCGAGGAUUCUCGCAGCAUUCGAGAGCGAUUCUACUGCUGGCCUCGACAAAGCUAGAGCAGCAUUCCUCCAGGCGCAUCCCAUGCGCUCGCCACCGCGCCUCAGCGAGCUGGAGUUCAUUCGAGACAUCGCACGCAUGGUGUCAAAACGAGCUGCUGCCUACCUAGCGAGUGCACUGCAUGCUCUCUGGAAGGUCCGCACCGAAUCAGAAGGCUUCGCACCUGGCGAGGCGACACAUGUCACCAUUGCUUGCAACGGCACAAUAGUCGAGAAGUACCCGGACUACCGAGAACUAUGCCAGAGACAUCUCGACGAUCUCUGCGUGGCAUCUGGAGCCUCGCGAGGUGCCGUCACCCUCAAGAUGGCACCCGAGAGCUCCAUUUACGGUGCUGCGGUCGCUGUGGCCUGCAUGGAAGACGUGUGA